AUGAGAGGUGCAGCAUUUUAGAAACUAUAUUACGAAGAGGAAGCUCUGAUCUCUCGCAGAUUUCAUUUCACAAAAACACUGUACACUGCCUUCAUGUAAAGUUAGUUCAAAAAAUCUCAUGGCGUAACCGUUUCCUUCCAUGCACUUCACGACCUUCCUAGAUUCUCGUGCACCGUAAACCGCCAAUUCAAAAAUGGAGCAAACGAGCUCCACGAGUCUGUUGAGAACCAAGUCCGAUCAGCUGGUGGAGGCGAUCGCCGCCGCGAAGGGAUCGGCGAGGGCGAGGCUUCCUCGGCUGUCGGCGGAGUUCGCCGUAGGAGCUCCGGAGAGCGUGAGAAUGCUGUCCAGGAAGCCCAGCCGACGCCUGACGCCGCCUUCACCGGGCGGCGGCGGCGCGAAUAACACUCACAUCCGGAAGUCGAGAAGUGCUCAGAUGAAACUGGAUUUGGAUGAGCUGAGCAGCGGCUCCGUUCUGAGCCGCGCCUCCAGCGCUAGCUUAGGCUUCUCCUUCACCGGAUUUUCCGUACGCCCCGAUGAGAGCGCCGAUUCCAAGGCAUUUAGCGAUGAUGAGAACUCGGAAGAUCUUGAAGCUGGUACGAAGAAGAAGAGGAGUAUUCAAGCUGAACCUACCUUACCAAUCUACCUCAAGUUUACCGAGGUGAGCUACAAGAUAGUAAUUAAAGGAGUGACAUUCACAGAGGAGAAAGAUAUUCUGAAUGGAAUCACUGGUGCAGUUGAUCCUGGAGAAGUUUUGGCCCUCAUGGGACCUUCUGGGUGUGGAAAAACUACUCUUUUGAGCCUCCUUGGAGGCAGGAUAAGAGACCCCACUGCUGGUUCAAUUACUUAUAAUCAACACCCCUACUCAAAGUUACUCAAAAGCAGGAUUGGAUUUGUGACUCAAGAUGACAUUCUGUUUCCUCACCUAACCGUGAAAGAGACGAUGAUAUAUGCGGCUCGACUGAGACUGCCUAGGACACUGGCAAAGGAGGAGAAGGAUAAAAGAGCCAUGGAUGUCAUAUAUGAGCUGGGACUAGAUAGGUGCCAAGACACAAUGAUUGGAGGGUCCUUUGUUAGGGGAGUUUCAGGGGGAGAAAGAAAGCGUGUGUGCAUUGGAAAUGAGAUAAUAAUCAACCCAUCUCUCUUGUUCCUGGAUGAACCCACCUCUGGGCUAGAUUCCACAACAGCUUUAAGGAUUGUUGACAUAUUACAUGAAAUAGCUGAGGCAGGGAAAACAGUGAUAACUACCAUUCACCAGCCAUCAAGCAGACUCUUCCACAAGUUUGAUAAGUUGAUUCUUCUUGGUAAAGGAAGCUUGCUUUAUUAUGGAAAGGCUUCUGAAGCAAUGGCUUAUUUCUCAUCUAUAGGAUGUUCCCCUCUUAUUGCAAUGAAUCCUGCAGAGUUCCUGCUAGAUCUCGCGAAUGGGAACAUAAACGACGUUUCUGUUCCAUCAGAAUUAGAUGAUAAAUUGCAAACCUGGAACUCUAUGGAAGAACCAACAAGAAAUAAUAAUGGAAAGCCAUCACCAGCCAUUGUGCAUGAGUAUUUAGUAGGAUGUUAUGAGACAAGAGUGGCUGAAACCGAAAAGAAGAAGCUUCUGGCUCCUGUACCUGCUGAAGAAGAACUCAAGUCCAAAGUACGUUCCAUGAAAAGGGAGUGGGGAGCAAGCUGGUCAGAACAAUAUGUCCUAUUAUUCCAUAGGGGAAUUAAGGAACGGUGGCAUGAUUAUUUCAGCUGGUUGAGAAUCACCCAAGUGAUUGCCACUGCACUAAUCUUGGGUAUGCUCUGGUGGCAAUCCGGGGGAGAUAGCCCUUCCCAGCUGCAAGAUCAGGCAGGGUUGCUGUUCUUCAUCGCAGUUUUCUGGGGAUUCUUUCCUGUCUUCACAGCAAUAUUCACAUUCCCUCAAGAAAAGGCUAUGCUGAGCAAGGAGCGAGCAGCAGAUAUGUACAGAUUAAGUGCAUAUUUUGCAGCCAGGACCACAAGUGACCUCCCACUUGAUCUGCUCCUCCCACUCAUCUUUCUUCUAGUCGUGUAUUUCAUGGCAGGGCUCAAACAGGAUGCCUCUUCUUUCUUGUUAACUGCAGUCACUGUUUUCCUCUGUAUUGUAGUAGCUCAAGGAUUAGGAUUAGCUAUUGGAGCCACACUAAUGGAUUUGAAGAAGGCAACAACUCUGGCGUCUGUUACUGUCAUGACCUUUAUGUUGGCUGGAGGAUACUUUAUAAAGAAAGUACCAGGGUUCAUAGUAUGGCUGAGGGAUCUUUCCUUCAACUAUCACACAUUCAAACUCCUUUUAAAGGUGCAAUAUGAACACAAAACAAGCUCAGUGAAUGGUGUCCAAAUAGACAGUGGCGUCAAAGAAGUGGGUGCCCUUGCAGCCAUGGCGGUUGCCUAUCGACUGUUGGCCUACAUAUCUUUGAGAAGAAUGAAGCUUCAAUGAUAUAUAUAUAUCUCGUAACCUAGCUAGCUAGUUUCUAAUAAAUGUAUAGUAAAUAACAAUAUUUCUAAUCUCAUCUCUUUCAUUUUCGUACGGAACAUAUCACAUGCUAAUUUACUAAUUAACGCUAUCUUUCAUUCAAAUUUGUUGAAAGUA